ACGAAGAGGUUGGGUGUCAUUCAUGUCGUGCUCUUGAGGGGGGCAGCUUGUUUCACGUCUGGGGAAAGCAAAUGACCAACUCGUUAAUGGUGUCAGAGGGAUUUUCUUAGGGUUUCUUCCCACCAUUCCACUUCAGUUACUGUAGAUUUUCCGUCAAGGAGGGAUAUACUUGAAAAAAACGUCGGUAUCUUUGGACGUCGCUGUCAGGGACCAUUUAAACGGGAUCAAUGGCCUUGUCUUAUAUCUGCGUGCUGGGCAUGUGGAUAAGUUUAGUGACUCCUUCACUGGGAACCGGGUUUGUUUAUCACUUUCCAGGCAUCACAAUGCCGCGACAGCACGUCAAAUCAGAGAAGAGCGGCAGCUCGGGACCGCCGGGUACCGGCUCCCGCACCCAGCUCAGGAACUGGUGUCAGUAUACUGUUGUCAGGACAGUGUCUUGUCAGGUGCACAAUGGGACAGAAACCUCAGUGCAGAGAGUGUUUCAGGGCUGCCGAUGGCCAGGACCAUGUGCAAAAGUCAUCAGCUACAGGACUGUGCUAAGGCCAUCAUUCAAGAUUGCUUACAAGCAAGUCACAGCACUGGAGUGGAGAUGCUGCCCUGGAUUUGUGGGAGAGGAGUGUCGUGAAGAGUGUUUGAACUGCACCAGCUUCACGACAAUGAACAGCAGAAUAAAUGCAGUUGAAUCAAAGAUCAAACUGCUAGAGGAGGGACGCUCAUUGCUGACCUUAGCCAGAAGUUUACCACAUAGCACGACAGAGAAUGAGGUGGACGCUCCUCAGCCUACUCCUGUUGGAGCCACAAUCCACCAGCCACCAGGUGACAGGAGAUCUUCAGGGCCCAUUGGACCUCCAGGGCCUCCAGGUUCUGCAGGACCUACAGGUCCUCCCGGAAGAGCAGGCCUUCCAGGACCAAUUGGACCAAAUGGGGGCAGGGGCCUCCCAGGGGAGAUUGGUCUUCCUGGCAUUCCUGGUCCGCCAGGUCGUCCAGGUGCUCCGGGUCAUCCAGGGCCAGAUUCUUCUCCCGUCCAAACCAGAGGUGAUGUUUUUCAACUGGAAACUCAAGAGGAGAACCCCAUCCGUCCAGGUCCUCGUGCUCCUCAGAUCGUAGUUGGCCCUCCUGGUCCAGUGGGUGCAGUCGGCCCCUCAGGAGCCCCUGGACUAGGAGGACCUGCAGGGAUGCCGGGUUUGCCAGGAAGAGAUGGUAGCGCAGGCCCGUCAGGCAGGACUGGCAGCCCUGGGCCUAAAGGAGAUUCAGGAGAAAGGGGGCCGCCAGGUGCAACAGGCGGGCAAGGCCUACCUGGAGCACCAGGACCAAAGGGAGAGUCGGGAGCUGGCUUGAAUGACGGUGAGGCUGUGCAGCAGCUGAGGGAGGCCUUGAAGAUCCUGGCCGAGAGGGUCCUGAUCCUGGAACAUAUGAUUGGCAUUCACGAAAACUCUGAGGGAUCUGGAUUUGGCAGCAUUUCAGACCCGCUGUCUUUCUCCGGCCUGAAGAUCAAGCGACAACAACCGGCUCAGACGCUUCCUCAGGUCCCGGUGCUAAGAGAGAGACAGAGAUGGGUCCCCUUUUAACAGCGUAGUUUAGUUUUGCAUUUGUGCUUAUGCUUGUGACAGAUGUCACAAAUCUUGCAUAACUGGACGUACAAUUUUUGUUCAGAUAUUUGUUCCACAUACUUUUAUUUUAUUUUAUUUUUUUACGUGUCUUCUCUGACCCAGAUAAUUGCUAUUUGGGGGAAAAAAAUGAACCUCUUUGCCAAUAAAAAAAAGUCCAUAUAAAAGGAUUUUAUUGAAUUUUUUCUCACCCUGCUGCUGCAUGACCUUAGCAGCAGCACCUACAAAGUGUUGGGGAAAGAAAUAUUAUCUCAUGAAGUGUUCUGAGGGUUUUGGCGUCUUUCAUUUGUCAGCCGAGUAAACGCAUCAGUUUCCUUGGCCGAUGCUGCAAAGCUCAAUGUUCUUCAGAGCUGGGCUGAAAAUAUACCAUUUAGUGUCACGCUGGUGGAUUGACCUCGAGUUUUAUCUUAUGUGCUUGUCAAACAUACGUUUCUUCUCUCCCCUUUCUGUCUUUCCAGGUGCUCGUUCAUGUUAACGUUGAGGUAGGAAGCUUAAAAUAAAGUUAGGUGAAAUGAAUAGCAUCUGGAGAGUGCACAUCUGGAAAGCAAGAGGAAGAGAUGUUGAAACAGAUAAAUUUGGGCCCAAGAGCAGUGAUCUCUAGCCAACCCCCUAUGCACCUGAAAGCUGACAGAGCUGUAAACUUGACAGGAUCACAUUGACUUCUUCAUAAAGCGCCUCUGAGAUUUCCUUCCAAGCUAAUAUGAUUUCUGUAUAAUAAGUCUCUGAGAGACUCCGAUGUUGGUUUCUGAAUAAAACUCCUGC